CCAGAAGCAGAAUUUGGAUGAAGCAAUCUAAGUUGCCGUCAUGAGCAGAAGCAAGCGUGACAACAAUUUCUACAGUGUUGAAAUUGGAGACUCUACUUUCACUGUAUUGAAACGGUAUCAAAACUUAAAACCAAUAGGAUCAGGAGCACAAGGGAUAGUAUGUGCAGCUUAUGAUGCCAUUCUUGAACGAAAUGUUGCAAUCAAGAAGUUAAGCCGACCGUUUCAGAACCAAACCCACGCUAAAAGAGCCUACAGAGAGCUUGUUCUUAUGAAGUGCGUUAAUCAUAAAAAUAUAAUCGGCCUAUUGAAUGUGUUCACACCACAAAAAUCCCUGGAAGAAUUUCAAGACGUCUACAUAGUGAUGGAGCUCAUGGAUGCAAAUCUCUGCCAAGUGAUUCAGAUGGAGCUAGACCAUGAACGAAUGUCAUAUCUUCUUUAUCAAAUGCUGUGUGGUAUCAAACAUCUUCAUUCAGCUGGAAUUAUACAUAGGGAUUUAAAGCCCAGUAAUAUAGUAGUAAAGUCAGACUGCACUUUGAAGAUUCUUGACUUUGGACUGGCCAGAACUGCAGGAACUAGUUUUAUGAUGACGCCUUAUGUAGUGACUCGUUACUACAGAGCACCAGAGGUCAUCCUAGGGAUGGGAUACAAAGAAAACGUUGACAUUUGGUCAGUUGGGUGCAUCAUGGGAGAAAUGAUCAAAGGUGGUGUUUUAUUUCCUGGUACAGAUCAUAUUGAUCAAUGGAAUAAAGUUAUAGAGCAGCUAGGAACACCAUGCCCUGAAUUUAUGAAGAAACUACAACCUACAGUCCGAACUUAUGUGGAGAACAGGCCUAAAUACGCUGGAUAUAGUUUUGAAAAACUCUUCCCAGAUGUCCUUUUCCCAGCUGACUCUGAACACAAUAAGCUUAAAGCAAGUCAAGCAAGGGAUUUGUUAUCAAAAAUGCUGGUUAUAGAUGCUUCUAAAAGAAUCUCUGUGGAUGAAGCCCUGCAGCACCCAUACAUCAAUGUUUGGUAUGAUCCAUCAGAAGCAGAAGCUCCUCCACCAAAGAUACCAGAUAAGCAGUUAGAUGAGAGGGAGCACACGAUAGAAGAAUGGAAAGAGUUGAUAUACAAGGAGGUCAUGGACCUGGAGGAGAGAACCAAGAAUGGGGUUAUACGCGGACAACCAGCCCCUUUAGGUGCAGCAAUGAUCAAUGGCUCUCAACAUCCAUCCUCAUCGUCAUCUGUCAAUGAUGUGUCUUCAAUGUCAACAGAUCCAACAUUGGCCUCUGAUACAGACAGCAGUUUAGAAACCUCAGCUGGACCUCUGGGUUGCUGUAGAUGACUACUUGGUCUUUUGGGGGGUGGGAGGGGGGUCCUUUUAGUCAUUAAUAGGGCACCUUUAAAAUUUGGUGGUAUUUUUGAGUGUUUUUUCAAAAAUAAUCGUAGAAUUCAUCAUAAAGUGCUGUAAUUUUAAACCGUAAGUUGUGUUAAAAGCAGCCACUUUUUUCUGUAAUUAACUGUAAAAUAUUAAACCUGAUAAUUUUUAUUGUGGUUUUAAAAUCUGCAUAUUUGCUUUACUAUUAUGCUGCUGAUCUUUUUUUACUGAAUUUGUAAGAUUUGUUUUAUCAAAGCACAUAUUAAUGUUGUGGUCAUUACCAUAUAAUGAAUUAUUUAAGAUUUUAUAGGUUUUCAAUUUUUAAAUUAGAAUUUAUUCCAGAUGUUUUGUUCAUGAUAUCCUUCAAAGUUUUAUGCUUGGUCAUAAUUCUGUGUCCAGGUGGAGGGGGAGAGAAUUCAGUGCAGCCAGCUGUAGUUUUGGGCAUACUACUGUCGUGCUGGCAGUGAACAAAA